CUCCUCAAACCUUCAAUUGAAUCUCAUUUUGUGUGAUCUGGUUGCCAGUCCAAAAAGAAGGUCAAACAAAUAGUUAAGACAACAAGGCCACAGCCGUUUCCAAUGAACCCCGUCAUUGACGUAUUCCAGGUUGCGGCCCAGCCCAGCUCCAAACCUGCUAAAAUCCAAGGCUAUUAACUCCACACCCUCCUGGGCAACAGCAGAUCCUCAGCAAAGGUGCUCUGGAUUCCCACAGGCUCAGGACAUGAUCCGAUUGAAAGGCGAACUGGCGAGACGUCUCAAACCCCCAACCGCCAUCAAACAGACACAAGUGCGAUUGAAGAUGACCUCCCCCCAGAACCCGAUCCAUUUCGGGCCCUACGAAGUGACCAAACAGGUCUUCCUAACAACAGCCCACACCUUCGCCCUCGUCAACCUCAAGCCCCUCCUACCAGGCCACGUCCUAGUGUGCACCUCUCGCCCACACAAGCGCCUAACGGACCUCUCGCCCCCGGAGCUGACGGACCUAAUGCUAGCCGUGCAGCGCGUGCAGCGCAUGCUGGCGCGCCACUACUUCCUCUCGUCGGCAUCAUCGUCGCCCGCCGCCGCCGACCCCACCUCGGCCGGCGGCUCCUUCAACAUCGCCCUGCAGGAUGGCGCCGAGGCCGGCCAGACGGUGCCGCACGUGCACGUGCACGUGAUACCGCGGAUCCGCGGCUCGACCGAGCGGCAGCAGGGCGCCGCCGAGGGGCCGGGCGACGAGCUGUACGAGGGCAUGGCGGGCGAGGAUGGGAACGUCGGCGGGGCGCUGUGGGACCGCGAGGUGGUGGCUGCGGCGGCGGCGGCGGUCAGGGCUCGGCUUGGGGAGAGGCCGACGCCUGGGGGUGGGUUCCCCAGUAUCGAGGAUGCGGAGAGGGGGAUGAGGGAGAUGGGGGAUAUGGAGGCGGAGGCGGAGGUGUAUAGGGGGGUGUUGAAGGAGAUGGAGAGGGAGGAGGAGAGCUGAUUGCUUGAAGGUAUCUUGGUUGAUCUUUAUUGUGCCUGGAAUUUGGUCUGAUUUAGGACUCAUCGAGAUGUCAUUAUGUCCAGCCAUUGUAUAUCAUGAAAUAUGCCAGUAACUCAUUUGUGUAUCAUUCAAAUCUCAGCCGUUUUGUUGGUUA